AUGCGAGACUCUUCAAACAAACCCUUGCAACCUGUGCCGUCAACCCCUCGCUUUGAACACCAUCCCGAUGGCUUCGGUAUAGGCAAUAGUCGUCCUCGCCUUUCUUGGUCCUUCUUUUACCCCGCAGAUGCGGAUCUCAAGUCAGUAGGGUCAUGGACUCAGCGAGCAUACGACAUCGAGAUCAAAGCAGAGGACGCAGCAGGAAGUGGAACCCAUCAUAUCGAGAGUUCUGAGUCCGCACUCGUACCAUGGCCUGGAGCUGAUCUUAUCUCGAAAGAAGCCGUGAUAAUAAGAGUCAGAGGCUACGGUCAGGAAAAAGACGACAUUACGCAAUGGUCGUCAUGGGCUAGCGCAGAAGCUGGUCUAUUUGAGAGAGAAAGAUGGUCAGCACUGCCAAUUGCAUCGUCUAAGAAGUUCGAAGCGGAAGAUGUAACAUUACGCCCACUACGCUUUCGGAAGGAAUUCACUGUGCCGCUGGAGAGAGAUAUUCUUAAGGCUCGCUUGUACAUCACGGCCUUUGGCGUCUACGAAGCACACAUCAAUGGAAGUCGUGUUGGUGAUCACGUCUUGGCACCGGGAUGGACAAGCUAUCACCAUCGACUUGCGUACCAGAUAUUUGAUGUUACCGCGAUGGUGAAGAAGGGGCAAAAUUCUAUUGGUGCUGAGGUUGGAGAAGGCUGGUAUGGAGGCCUAAUAGGUAUACGAGGUGGGCAGCGAUUCAAUUAUGGCAAAGAACUUGCGCUUCUUGCUCAGUUGGAAAUUACUCUCGAUAAUGGCGAGGUGAUGGUUAAGCACACAGAUCAUUCCUGGCAAUGCCACACCAGCGCCAUCACAAAUAGCGAAAUUUAUAAUGGGGAAACGUACGAUAUGCGAGAAGAGCAAUAUGGGUGGGAAAUGCCAGGCUUCGAUUCCACUGCUUGGGCAUCGGUCAAGGAGCUCCCGUUCACCUCUGCGUCAAUGAUCGCAUCUGACAUGGCGCCUACUAGAGUUACCGAAGAGGUGAAACCCGUCUCUAUCACUAUUACUCCCAGCGGGAAGACCAUAUUCGAUUUUGGACAAAAUGUCGUUGGGUUUGUUCGUAUCAAAAGACUGCCGCCUCAUAGCAAGGUUUCGCUCGUACACGCUGAAGUUCUUGUUGACCAAGAGAUGGGCAUGAGACCUCUACGUAACGCGAAAUGUACCGAUACUGCUAUAACAGCGGACAAUGAGCUGCUCCAUUGGUGUCCGAAGUUUACCUACCAUGGAUUUCGAUACAUGCAAGUUAAUGGAUGGCCUGAGGGAACGACCCCUUCCCUCGAAGACUUCACAGCUUUGGUUACCCAUACUGAUAUGAAGCGUCGAGGGUGGUUCAAGUGCUCAAACGAUCUUGUCAACAAGUUGCAUGCAAACAUCGUAUGGGGAAUGCGGGGGAACUUUGUCAGUGUCCCAACGGACUGCCCUCAGCGUGAUGAGCGACUGGGCUGGACUGGAGACAUACAAGUGUUUGGUCCAGCAGCCAAUUUUUUGUACGAUACAAACGGCAUUCUCGGAAACUGGCUCGCGGAUUUCUCAGCUGAACAACUCGCCCGCGACGACAAGAUACCACCUCUUAUUUGCCCAGACGUUAUGAGCAGCUGGUGGACCCCUACCCCACAAGCGAUCUGGCACGACGCGACUAUCCUCGUCCCUUACAAUCUGUACCAGGCUUCUGGAGACAUCUUCCUGCUUCGUAGGCAAUAUGUCUCCAUGACCUCCUGGCUUGACACCGCUAUCCGCCGAGGCUCAGAUCGCCUCUGGGAUCCUACUCUAUGGCAACUUGGCGACUGGGUCGAUCCCGCCGCACCCCCCUCACAGCCUGGAUUGGGUCGCACUGAUGGCGUUCUAGUCGCAGACGCAUACCUCGUCUACGUCACUGGCAUCCUGGCUGACGUCUCGGCCCUCCUAGGCGAAGCCCACGAUGCCAGACGUUAUGCAGCAGAUAAGGAAAAGCUCAAAGCCGCCUUUGCCCAUCGCUACAUAACGCCGGCCGGAAACCUUGCAAACUACACCCAAGCCGCUAUCGCACUUGCCGUCCAGUUUGACCUCUACCCAACCGCAGCGCAGCGUGACAAUGCUGCCGUGGCGCUUAUGCGGCUUGUUAAAACAGCCCAGUACCACGUCUCGACGGGCUUUGCAGGCACACCAGCCAUCCUACCCGCGCUGACGCGCACGGGACAGCCAUGGCUCGCGUAUCGCAUGCUGAUGGAGAAGCACUGCCCGUCAUGGCUGUACCCGCUAACUAUGGGCGCAACGACGAUCUGGGAGCGCUGGGACGCCCUAAUGCCGGACGGAUCGCUGAAUCCAGGGCAGAUGUUAAGUUUCAAUCACUAUGCAUUGGGCAGCGUUGCAGCUUGGUUGCACGAGACAGUCGGUGGCCUAGUGAGCAGCGACGGGUGGCGUACCAUUGACGUACGGCCUGUGCCUGGUGGCGGGCUGACCUGGGCCGAGACGAGGUUUGACGGACCUUUCGGAGUGGUCGAGGCUAAGUGGCGGGUUGAGGGCAGUAGGUUCAAGUUAGAGCUUCAGGUGCCGCCAAAUUCAAGAGCCAUCAUUGUCUUACCGAUGCAGAAGAAAGAGUUGGGCGAGAAGAAGAAAAUUAAGGUUGCAUCGGGAUGGCACGCUUUUGAUGUCGAGUUUGAACCCGACGAGUGGCCGCCUACAGGUAGUAUAAAUAAGUAUUCAGGCCCGUUGUCAAAGGCUUGUGAUUGCUUUUGAUUUGGUAUGAGCGCCACAAAGAGAGGUCGACGCAUAAAAUGUAGAUACACCUCUAUAAAGUACUUAAGACGCUAUUGGAGCCUGCCUUAAUACGUGGGUAUUGUCUGUGCCUCACACCUAGGCGUUACAAAAGGAUAAUUCUCCACAUCUAUUGCCGCUGAGUGGGAUUGAUAUGAAAAGCCUUUAUCGCAUGCUCGGAAUCGAG